GAAGCCGUAUGCUCACCGCCUCUCACGCCCUGUAAAAUGCGCCCCCCAUCGAUGAAACCCGACGCUUCAAGCAGAGAAAGAAAGGCGACGAAGAGAAGGGCGAAACCCUCGAUUCUUCUUUUGCUGCUUCUUGUUCAUGUUCUUCUUCUUCUUCUUCUUCUUUUCUUCUCUUUUGGGGCGAGAAGCCUCUCCCUGAAGGCUCGAAGAGAACUGACUGAUGGCGCCAAGGCGUGCGGCACGUUCUCGUCGUCGGCGUCCUCCUCCUCCUCCUCCUCCUCGUCCAGAAGGUCGCUCGAUCGUGACCGGCGAAGAGAUGGGUCGAGAGGAUUCAGAUAGUUACUCGGUGAUACCAAGUGUACAUGUAUGUUGUCAUCGGUUGCUCACCGUCAAGCGAAGAAUGGCCGAGGACAGGAACAACUUCGUCUUCUUCGAUAUCGGGACUGUAAUAGCGGGCAGAUGCAACGCAUCGUCAAUCGACAAUUUAUUGACUCUGUUUUUGUGCUGCUCAAUAAUAAUAAUAAUAAUAAUUCAAUUAUUAUUAUUAUUAUUGAUUUCUACUGCUAUAUUGGGAUUCAACUGCCAUGACAGUGGGAAGCGAUCUGCACACCGCCUCGUGCCUAUAUAACGCGGCCACCAUAGAUAAAACCCGACGCUUUAAGCAGAGAAGAAACGCGAAGAAGAGAGAAGGGCGAAACCCUCGAUUCUUCUUCUGUUGCUUCUUGUUCUUGUUCUUCUUCUUCUCUCAUUCUCUUUCGGGGCGAGAAGCCUCUCCCCGAAGGCGAGAAGAGAGCUGACUGAUGGCGCCAAGGCGUGCGGCACGUCCUCGUCGGCGGCGUCGUCCUCCUCCUCCUCCUCGUCCAGGUGCCACUGCUGGACAAAUUCGCAAAGCGGCUGUUAGAGGAGGCGCAGCUAGAAAAAGAGGAGUCGACCUGAACGAAGGCGAUCGAUUGGUUGGCGGACCGGAUCCUCUUGCGAACCCCAUCCCAUCGAGGAGAUUCUCUGCUCGGCUUCUGGCGAAGGCACGACUCGCCGUAUUCGUUGAGCGUCCAGAGGUUGCUGCUGAUUACAUUGUCACGGAGAAAAAGGAUGGCAGAGAAUCCAGUAGUUUGCGUAGCGAUUACCCUGAUGAGAAGGGAAAUUCCAUGAUUGACUCAAGGAAGAAAACUGGAGCCCCUACCCUCGCUUCAGCUCUUACUGCUCAAAACAAGGAUGUCGGUGUCCAUAACAUUGAUGCACUGGAAGUACCGGCUGUUGUGGACUUCGUAGACAAUAUCUACGACUUUUACAGACAUGCUGAGAAAUGUGGAAGACCUUGUAAAUACAUGGACUUCCAAGCUGACAUCAAUGAAGAGAAGAGAUCUAUGGUGGCUGAUAGGCUGAUUGAAGUGCACCACAGCUUUGGACUAAUGCCCGAGACUUUAUAUCUUACAUUUCAUAUAAUCGAUCAGUACCUAUCAAAGGAAAAAGUGUCGGGAAUGGAGUUGCCACUUGUGGGAAUCAAUGCUCUGCUCAUUGCAUCUAAGUAUGAAGAAUCAAGGUCUCAAAAGAACAUAGACUAUGGUGACAUCUUGUGUCAUGCAUAUACCAAGGAACAGAUGCUGGCUAAAGAGAGAGAAAUUAUGAAGACACUCAAAUGGAAACUAUCUGUUCCCACACAGUAUGUCUUUCUUGUGUGCUUCCUGAAAGCGGCCAUGUGCGAUAAGGAGCUGGAACACAUGGUCUUCUUCUUGGCUGAGCUAGGACUGAUGCAUUACUCCAUGAUCACCUAUUGGCCAUCCUUGGCCGCUGCCUCUGCAGUCUAUGCCGCACGGAGCACCCUCAAAAAGACUCCUCUUUGGACUGAAACACUCAUGCGUCACACGGGCUACUCAGAGCAACAGUUGCGGAAAUGUGCCCAGCAAUUGGUGAUCUUUCACUCCUCAGCGGCAGAAAGUACGCUGUGGGCGGUCUACAAGAAAUAUUCGAGCACUAAAUUUGGAGCUGUCGCCUUGCAUCCGCCUGCUACCGAACUGCUAAGGUCGAAGGAGGUCACCUCAUUCAUCAUGACCGACCAAUGAAGAGAGGGGUUGAGAAGAUUCUGAUAGGUAAUCAAUGAUACCAAGGUAUCAUCAUUGGUAUCAGGAGUGUCAUUGUGGCAGAUGCAAAGCAUGAUCAAUAAACCAAUUCAUUAUCCUGUAUAUUAAGAUCAAUUCUUUGCGUUGUUUGA